AUGUCCUUAAAUGAAGAUUCUUCAAAAUACUGUCGACCAGACAUGCUUGUUGAGGACGACGCUGUUUGUAUGGAAUGUAAAUUAAUGAAUGUUCUCAAUUGUGAAAGCGAUGUUCGGAAAGCAACGCUUCUUCCCCUUAGAAUGAUGCAAGAACGAGAUUUGUCGAGAGGGUUAGGUCUUCUUGCAGAUUCCAAAUAUGUGUAUUCCUUUUUUAUAGAGCUUGAUAAUGAUAGUAAUUAUUACAAGUGGAUAUACUGCCAUCGUUUUGAAAUGGAUCAAUUGUAUGACCGAUGUUUAUUAUUCUUCAUUUUGCUUCGGUUUUUGAUCCAACGAAGCGGAAAUAAGGUCUUGCAAGCUGAAUAUAAUAGAUUAAAAGCUCUUGCAACAACUUGGGAGAAUGAGAAAAAAGGUAAUGAUUCAAGUGCUACAAUUGUUUCAACUCAAAGCAAGGGUCGCCCCACAGGAAGUGUAUCAUCCUCAAACCAUUCGUCAACUCAACGAUCAAUCCACUCAAACACAAUAUCCACAACACAAGCACAACAGAAAAAGAAACUAUUAUUCAAGAAACACAUUAAGGACAGGACUGAACGAAUUUUAAAUGACGUUUCAAAUUUUCACAACAUCCACAGCCAUUAA